UUGGUGAGCUGGCGACUUUGUAUUGGUGCGGGUUGGUGAUGAGUUUGGUGAGGCAGGGAAUUGGCGACAUCCUCUGCUCAUGAGUUCAUCUUCCGAUCCAAACUUCCCGAUAUCUCCAUCCCUAAUCAUCUUCUUCUCACCGAUUACGUCUUCCAAAAGUUCUCCCGCAACGGCGACGGAGACUCCACAAUCACAUGUCUCAUCGACGGCGACGGAUCCGCCAACGUGAUACCGUCAUGCUUCUUCUCCCUAACUCGCCGGAGUUUGCUCUCUGUUUCCUCGCCGUCGCUUACCUCGGAUCCGUUCUAUACAAAGUCAGAGAUUGAGAAACAAGCAAAAGCCUCCGCCACGAAGAUGAUCAUCACGAAGUCAUUGAUCUUACCAAAAGAGGGAAGAGGUAGAGAAGCUGAGGAACAUAACGGAGCAGGAGAGGAGAGAGUGGGAGAGGAAGAAUCCUAAACCUUCGUUGACUCAACCGAAGAAGAAAUGGAAUUUCAUGCAGAAGUAUUAUCAUAAGGGUGCUUUCUUCCAAGCGGAUCCUGAUGAUGAGGCGGGAUCUGUGGGGACUGAUGGUAUAUUUCAACGUGACUUCUCUGAACCAACGGGUGAAGAUAGGUUGGAUAAAUCGAUUUUGCCUAAAGUUAUGCAAGUCAAGCACUUUGGUCGUAGUGGGAGAACUAAAUGGACUCACCUUGUUAAUGAGGAUACAACAGAUUGGAGUAAUCCAAAGUUUGAUGAAGCUAUAGAUUAUCUCACUAAAGCCAUCAUGUUAAACCCCACUUCUGCAAUUCUCUAUGCUACUAGAGUUGGUCUCAUCCAGCGGGAUGUGCAGUUGUCGUGUUCAGACCAUAACAAGUGUGGUCGCGUUCCACUCGAAGUACAGGGGAGAUGUUCGCAGCCUAAAAGCUUGACGAUUCGAGAUAAUUGUUUAGAUUAUCCAGCUAAACGUAUUCGACAAGAAUCAUCAUUUGUAUACUAUACACAAAUCACAAAAGGAAGCUUUUAGGAUUAUUUUGUAACAUUUUAGUUCUGAAUUUUGGCUUGCCAUGUUAAAAUCUCCACAUUCAGAAACAGUAUGAAAACUCUCUCCACAAAUUCACAACACAUUAUGUAAUUAUAACCAAGAGAGAACAAACCAUUAUUUUCAAAAACAGUUUUGUGAUAUAGAGAAGAAAAAAAGAAGAACAAG